AUGUGGCUGUGGGCCGAACCAUUCUUGGAUUUGGGGGGUAUCCCGGGGGCGAGUGGGGGCUGCGGGUGGGGGGAAGAGGGGUCCCAGCAGGUGGGGAGGGGGAGGUGCCUCUCCCCUGCUCCCAGCCGGCGCGAGGCAAAGGCGAGGCUGGCCCAGCCACAUCUGCGCGGACAGGAGCUGCCGGCCGGGUCGCCCGCCCCGCACGCUGCCGGCCGCCCCCCACCGGCGCGCACACGCCCAGCCGGUUGGCUCGCAGACACGCGCUCGCUCUGCCUCCCCGGCCGGCCCCCCACGCCGCCGCCCGCCGCCGCCCCCGACUCCCCAAGGGUCCCGACUCCGGAAAGUGAGCCUCGGUUCUCCCCCCGGCCUGGCAGCCCGGUCCGACCUCCUGCGCGCCCCAUGCCGUCCCUCCUGCUGCUCGGGACCCUCCUGCUCCUGGCCUCGACCGCCCGCCAGGCCGGGGCACGCCCGUCCAACACCACAAGCGCCGAGCCCCCGGGCCCGCUGCCCGCCCUGCUGGCGCACCUGCGGCGCCUGACCGGGGCGCUGACGGGCGGCGGGGGCGCUGCGGGCCCGGGCGCCAACGGCACCAGGACCAGCACGGCGAGCGGGACCGGCGCGGCGGCGCGGGCGCCCCCUCCGGCCGAGCUCUGCCACGGCUACUACGAUGUCAUGGGACAGUACGACGCCACCUUCAACUGCAGCACCGGCUCCUACCGCUUCUGCUGCGGCACCUGCCAUUACCGCUUCUGCUGCGAGCACCGCCACAUGCGCCUGGCACAGGCGUCCUGCUCCAACUACGACACGCCGCGCUGGGCCACCACGCCGCCGCCGCUGGCCGGGGGCGUCGGGGGUGCCGGGGGUGCGGGCGGGGGGCCCGGGCCCGGCCAGGCCGGGUGGCUGGAAGGGGGCCGGGCGGGGGGCGCAGGGGGGCGCGGGGGCGAGGGCCCCGGGGGCAGCACGGCCUACGUGGUGUGCGGGGUCAUCAGCUUCGCCCUGGCCGUGGGCGUCGGCGCCAAAGUGGCCUUCAGCAAAGCGUCCCGUGCGCCCAGGGCGCACCGGGAGAUCAACGUGCCCAGGGCUCUGGUGGACAUUCUGAGGCAUCAGGCUGGGCCUGGGACCCGCCCGGACCGGGUACGAAGCAGCUCCUUGACCCCGGGGGUCGGGGGCCCCGACAGCAUGCCCCCGAGGACGCCCAAGACCCUCUACAACACCGUGAAGCCCUCCAAUCUCGACUGGCGUGCCGCUGCGCCACCCAGCCCCUCCUUGCACUACUCCACGCUGUCCUGCUCUCGGUCCUUCCACAACCUCUCACAUCUGCCCCCGUCCUAUGAGGCCGCUGUGAAAUCUGAACUCAACCGCUACUCCUCCCUCAAGAGACUGGCCGAGAAGGAUCUGGAUGAGGCCUACCUGAAGCGCCGGCACCUGGGGGAGAUGCCCCGCGGGACGCUGCCCCUGCACACUCUUCGGCGACCUGGCACGGGGGGCGGCUACCGCAUGGAUGCCUGGGGCGGCCCCGAGGAGCUGGGCCUGGCGCCCGCGCCCAACCCGCGGCGCGUCAUGUCCCAGGAGCACCUGCUGGGCGACGCGGGCCGCGCGCGCUACGAAUUCACCCUGCCGCGCGCGCGCCUGGUGUCGCAGGAGCACCUGCUCCUCUCGUCGCCCGAGGCCCUGCGCCAGAGCCGGGAGCACCUGCUGUCGCCCCCGCGCAGCCCCGCGCUGCCCCCCGAGCCCGCCGCCCGCGCGGGUCUGGCCGCGUCCCAUUCCAACUUGCUGCUGGGACCCGGGGGGCCCCCCACGCCGCUGCACGGGCUGCCCCCGCCGCCCGGCCUGCACCCGCACCACCACCACGGUCUGCACGGCUCGCCGCAGCCCGCCUGGCUGUCGGACGCCGGCGGGGGAGGGGGCACGCUGGCGCGCAGGCCGCCCUUCCAGCGCCAGGGCACGCUGGAGCAGUUGCAGUUCAUCCCCGGCCACCACCUGCCGCAGCACCUGCGCACCGCCAGCAAGAACGAGGUGACCGUCUGAGGCCAGGCCCGGGGGCUUGGGGGCUGCGGCCUCGCGGGGGGGCCCCCAUCCCAGCCCGGAUCCCUCAACACACUCCAGGGGCCUGGGACCCAGGAUCAGCCUGUGGCCAGGGGGCUGCCUCCGAGGACACUGCUUUGGAUGAAAUCGUCACCGGAGACAAAACCUCCUUCUGGGAUGUCACGGUAGAUAAGAUCCCUCCUCCUAUGUCACCGUUUGAGGCAAGGCCUCUUUCCCAUGACGUUAUCACAGAGGAAGAGCCCUGCCUGUGAGCUCAUCACUAGUGAAAAUGUCUGUGUUCUGUGAUGUCAUCACAGGGACAAAACCUCCUCCCCAUUAAUCCGUCACAGAAGAAUAGGCCCGCUCCUGAAGUCAACACUAGCGGCCAUGUCUAUGUUCCAUGAAGUCAUCACAGACUUUCUUCCUGGGAGGUCACAGCAGAGGCAAUGCCUUACCCUAUGACAUCAUCCCUAGAGACAAAGAUUCCUUCCUGUGAAUGUCAUUGCAGAGACAAGUCUCACCCUUAUGAUGUCAUCUCCGGCACCAAAAGGCCUCUUCUGACAUCAUCGCCAGGAAGAUAUUUUCUUCUGGAGAAGAUGCCUCUGUCUAUGAUGUUGUCACUACAGACAAAGCCAUCUUCCUGGGACACAUCGCAAGCAAAAUGCCUUGCCAACUGUGUCCUCGCUAUCCAUAGGACUGUCCACGACAUUGUCACAGGGACUCUGCCUCCUUCCUGUGAUGCCAUCUCCAGAGAAGGUGCCUUGCCCUAUGACAUUUUCAGAGGGACCGUGCCUCUUCCCGUGAUGUCAUCACCAGAGGUGACAACCUGCCCCUGGGGCACUCCAGGAUGAGGCCCCUUCGGUGGUAUCACCACUGGACUCUGCCUGCUCGGAGAUGAUGCUGUAAGACACCUGCACUGCUCCUGUCCUAUCAUGAGAAGGCAGGGCACGCCCAGAAUCCAUGACAACCCCCCAGGGUCACCAGAGAAAGUGCCCUGAGCUGAGACAUCUGAGGGAUGUUGUUGCUGCGGAGGCAACCCCACCCAGAGAGAAUGGUCUGACUGUAGGUUGUUGGCAGCAGGCCCCCGCUGAGGUUCUGUCCCGGGAUUGUGAUGACAUCACCACAGACACUGCCUGCUCUAGAGGGCCAUCAUUUGUGAUGGUGUCACUGGAGUUUCUGCCUUGUCCUGCCAUGACUUCACUUGGUCACUCCUGUCCCUGACAGCAAGGACAUGCCCUGCAGGACUUCCACCAGACUCUCCCUCUAAAGGGUGGCUGGGCCUCAGACCCCAUCCCUGUGCAGUGAUGUCACCUCCUGUGUGACUCCUCAAGGACAGGACUCCCAAGGAGGCCACUCUGGCCCACCAGCCUCCCAGAGUCGUGGGACUCACAGUGGCCCAAAAGCUGGCCUCGCUUCUUUCUGCCAUAACGAGAGACAUCAUUGCCUCUGUCAACAAACUCCUGGAUUUCUGUUGGGGGUGAGGUGGGAUGGGGAUGGUUGGGGUGUGCCCACUAUUGAUUUGGCUGAUGAUAUCAUCGGUGCCAUAAGACUUCCACCACUCAUGAUGGCAUUGUACCUGGGGUCAAAUGCUAACCAUGUCUGAUGAUGACAUCAUUUCCCAGGA